GUAAAAACUUCAGACUCCCCCUCCCCUUUCCCGAGCCCUUGUCCCCGGUGCCGGCCGGCGCGGAGUAACGCGGGGUGCGGCCCCAUGCCGGCCAGCGGGCCGGGGCCAGCCCCGGGGGCACCCCCCGGUGACACCUCCCGCAGCCACUGUCGCCGUCCCCCGGGCAGUGCCCGCAGGAGAAACCGCGCUCCCGGCUGCAGCGGGGUGGCUGCGAGCCUGCCCGCAGGCAGGUGAUCGCUGCCGCUCACCCUCUUCCAGCUCCCCCCGCCUCCCUUUUCCCCCCGGCUGGACAACUCCCUCCUUUGGAGAACACGCCCAAGGAGCUGAAGAAGAGAGAAAGGGAGGAAAGGCAAAUCCCGGGGGAGAGAGCGCGGGGGACACUGAACACCGGCCCGGGGGGCCGCCGGCGCUCGGGAGGGACCCGCAGCCCCUCUCCCUUGGCAGCGACAAGGCGCGACGCGGGACGGGCAUACGGCUCCGGGGCAGCUCGGAGCGGGCGGGCCCCGGAGGGGGAUAUGGUGAGAGGCGGCGGGGGCUCGGCGGCGGGCAGCGGCGGGCUGCUCGGGGCGCGGCGGGGGCUGCCCCUCUCGGCCCCGCUGCCCUGAGCCGGCGGCUCCGCCAGCACCGGCCCGGGCCGGCAGCGUUGGCACAGGCGUCGUUUCGCAUGCGGGGCUGAGACACGGCAAGCGAGGAAUUAUGAACAGGAAAACAAGGCGCUGGAUCUUCCACAUCUUCCUGAGCCUGGGCAUUGUCUACAUCAAGAUCGGGGGCUUUUCCUCUGUGGUGGCCCUGGGAGCCAGCAUCAUCUGUAACAAGAUCCCGGGGCUUGCCCCCCGGCAGCGGGCAAUCUGCCAGAGCAGGCCCGACGCGAUUAUUGUCAUCGGGGAAGGGUCCCAGAUGGGCAUCAACGAGUGCCAGUUCCAGUUUCGCAAUGGGCGCUGGAACUGCUCUGCCCUGGGCGAGAGGACGGUCUUCGGGAAGGAGCUGAAAGUGGGGAGCAGGGAGGCAGCCUUCACCUACGCCAUCAUCGCCGCCGGCGUGGCGCACGCCAUCACCGCCGCCUGCACGCAGGGCAACCUCAGCGACUGCGGCUGCGACAAGGAGAAGCAGGGGCAGUACCACAAGGAGGAAGGAUGGAAGUGGGGAGGCUGCUCUGCCGACAUCAGGUACGGGAUCGGCUUUGCCAAGGUGUUCGUGGACGCCCGGGAGAUCAAGCAGAACGCCAGGACGCUGAUGAACCUGCACAACAACGAGGCCGGGCGCAAGAUUCUGGAGGAGAACAUGAAGCUGGAGUGCAAGUGCCACGGGGUGUCGGGCUCCUGCACCACUAAAACCUGCUGGACCACCCUGCCCAAGUUCCGGGAGCUGGGCUACAUCCUGAAGGACAAAUACAACGAGGCGGUGCAGGUGGAGCCGGUGCGCGCCAGCCGCAACAAGCGCCCCACCUUCCUCAAGAUCAAGAAGCCUCUCUCCUACCGCAAGCCCAUGGACACCGACCUGGUGUACAUCGAAAAGUCCCCCAACUACUGCGAGGAGGACCCGGUGACGGGCAGCGUGGGCACGCAGGGCAGGAUGUGCAACAAGACGGCGCAGCAGUCCCACGGCUGCGACCUGAUGUGCUGCGGCCGCGGCUACAACACCCACCAGUACUCCCGGGUCUGGCAGUGCAACUGCAAGUUCCACUGGUGCUGCUAUGUGAAGUGCAACACCUGCAGCGAGCGAACCGAGGUCUACACUUGCAAGUGAGCCCCCGGGGGGUGGGGGCCGGGCAGGCUGGCACGGCCCCGGCCCCGCCGCGCGUUUGCACAAGCACUCGCCCAACCCAUGCGGGAGCGUGGGGAGGACCUGCUCUGGCAAGGGGACGUGCUGGUGAACGGAGCCUUCGCUUUCCUGCUCGCGUUCCGUCGGGGGUGUGAAUGAGUAUCUCAGACUCUUAGGAAAAGUUAGCUGAGAAACUAAACCAAACCAAACCAAUCAACCUCCCACCCCGAGCCGCCGGACGCGCAAAGCGGAGAGAAAAAGAUUGUCCCGGCGAGCAGCGCCUCGGAAGCGAGGAGCUCUGACUGCCCUGUGGAGAGAGAGCAGCCGGAGAAAAGGCUCUGGGAAGAGGAUGCUUCAGAACUUGGGUGUCUAGGGAGCAGGAAGGGGUAGGGGGAGAAAGCCUCGGAGAGAAGGGCUUGGCACAGGACGGGACGGACACUGCCCCAAGGCGAACUGCCCGCGGGGGCGAGGGGAUGGCACGGACUGAGGCUUCUCCAGGGGUGAAAAAGCUUCUGCUGGUCGGUGCUCCUCUUUUCCCCUUCGUGCCGUUUGCUGCAGCCAGUCGAACUGUCGAAGCAGACACUGCUUUUACCUGCCCUUUUUUCAAUUUUGUUUCGGUUAUUUUGUGGUAUUUUUGUUUGUUUGGUUGUUGUUGUUGUUGGUUGGUUGUUUUUCCAUGUGUGUGCGUGCUGCAGAUUUUAGCACAGGGAUUUGGGGGACACUCCGGGGGCAUAAUAAUAGCAAUAUUUAACAAUUUAUUCAGAUAAAACUAAUAUUAAUUUAUUUAAUUAAAAAAAAAAAA